CAAUUCACAAAUUCAUCAUGGAGGCAAAGAGUUUAGACUUGAUGGAAUCUAGAUUAGAUUUGUUAGAAAAUCUAAUAUUUGGCAAUGCAGAUAAAGACGCUACAUAUCCUAAGUGUGUAGAAGCACUUUCAGAACAUCACAAUAAAUUAUCAUCUGCAACAGAUGGUAAGACAAAAGUAUCCCAAGUGUUAAAAAGGCUUUCAGAAAUUGAAAGCUAUCUAGAUCCCAAAACAGCUGAUGAGCUUGCAUUAACUGAUGAAGCCAAAGCAAACAUAUUGUUAGCAGAAGAAGAAAAUAUUAAAAAAUUAGCCAAAGAUUUAGAAGAGAUACACAAAUCAACAGAUGUUUUUGAAAGUGAACACAUUAAAGCUGCUCCAUCUUUAGCAGGGAAAUUACAUUUACUAAGCCAAGUGCAAAUAGAACAACAGGACAAAACCUGUGAAUUAUCUGAAGAGACCAAGAAGCUUUUGCAGUCAUACAACAGUAUUGUAGCUUUGAUAUCCCGUCAGUUUGUGAAGUGGGAUGAGAUGCUGACACAAGCAGAGAGAGCAGCAGCUAAAUGAGAACAAAACAAGAUUGGCACUACUUGAUUUCUGAAAAGAACUAAAAUAAUCAUGCUCAUACAUUUCUUUUUGAGACAGUCCUUGUUUCAGUCUACAGUGUACUGACCAGAUUGAUUUGCUCUUGUCUUAGAUUACCUAAAAUCUUGAUUUAAGAGAAAUAUUUAAAUAAAGAUGUAUGAGCUGGUCGUCUCCGUAUCUGUAAUUGGUGCUAUGUUCCUGUAAACUGUGUAUGAAAUAAGUGCUAUUAUUGUCCUAAUCAUUUUCAACAAACUUCUGCUUUGUCUAUUAAUUUGACUUGCAACACAGACAGUUGCACAUGAAAAUAUUUAGUAUACCACUGGCUGGCACUUGGUACACAAGCAUGAAUCAUCUGGCAUGAGAGGGAACAUAAUUGCUGGUAAAUAGCUCUGCCAAUAUCAUCCAUGUGAAGGCACACCUGUUUGCCAAAUUGCAAGGUCCUAGCUAAAGGUUUUGGGUGUUUUAUUUGGAAUUUGUACCUCUGACAGUUACAUACUGCUGUGCUGUAUAGAAAUAUAGAUUAUGAUUAUAAUAAAUAAAAGUGCUGGAUGUUGUAAUUACAGAAUAUGUUGUGCUUAUAUUUGUAUCAAGAAAUCAUUGUCUUAAUUUUGGCUUUCUUGCUUUUAAGAGUAUAUUUUACAAUUGUAUAUAUAAAAUGAUAGGCAGUACUCAUGGUUUUGUGGCAGAUAUUUAAUAACCCCGCAUAAUCUCCUUCACAGAGUUGAACAGUAUGGGACACACCUCAAGUCUAGGGCAGAAUGUU